AUGAUUAAAUCUAAACGACAACAAAAAUUGGAACAAAAACAACUUCAAUCUCGUCUUACCAAAUCAUCAUCAUUUGCUACUAAAACACCAUUUCGGGAUGCUGAAAGAAAUUUUAAAUCACGUUUACCACCACCAGAUUUUAGCCGUGUGAUUGAUUUUUAUAAUUUAGAAAAUUGUAUAGAUGAAAUUAAAAAUAAAGUAAUUGAAGUAGAAUUAGCUGUUGACUUAGGUGAAGAAUGCGAAAAUUUAUUUGGAAAAUGCAAGGAUGGCGAAUACAUUGAAAGAAAAAAAGCAUAUUUAUUUAAAGAUUUACCAGGAUUUAUAUUUAUUCGUAAUCCAUUUACACCAGAUGCACAAAAACAUGUAAUCAAACGAUGUCUAAAAGAUUUUGCAAAGCAUCCAAAUAUUUCUAAUCUUGAUACUCAUUAUAUUUUACCUAAACAAGGAAUUUGGGAAAUUUACAAAAAGGUUUACAACAAUAUAUUGGAUGAAAACGAUAAAGAAUGCUUUAUUCCUUUAAAGGCCACUUCAACCAAUGAAAAUAGUGACAUUCGAUAUACAAACGAUGACGAGGAAUUACCCAAAUCCACAAAAUUAACCACAGUCAACAAAGAAAAACCAGAUCCUCCACCAUCUCCCACUGUUUCUAUACUACCACCAUCCCAAUUAAUUUAUAAAUUAAGAUGGAUCACUUUGGGAUAUCAAUAUCAUUGGUCUACAAAAACUUAUCAUUUUGAUCGUCGAUUCCAAUUUCCUCAAGAUAUAAACGAUUUAACAACUGCAGUGGUCAAAGCAAUAGAUGGACUUGGUUUUCCAGAUGAUAGUUUUAUUCACAAAUAUGAUGUGGCAAAAUGGAAACCAGAAGCUGGUGUGGUUAAUUAUUAUCAACUUAAAGAUAAUUUAAUGGCACAUGUUGAUCGAAGUGAAAUAAAUAUGGAUGCUCCCUUAGUAUCUUUUAGUUUUGGACAUUCGUGUAUUUUUUUAAUCGGCGGUCCAACGCGCGAUACCGCUCCUUUGGCAUUAUAUUUACGUAGCGGAGACAUUUCAAUAAUGUGUGGACCUAGUCGAGGGUGCUUUCAUGGUGUUCCACGAAUUCUCGAAGGAACCCUUCCGACUUAUCUUGCUCCUAACAAUAUGGAAGAUCCAGAUUGGGAUAUUUAUGGUGAUUUUAUGUCAACAACACGUAUUAAUGUAAAUGUUAGACAA